AUGAAAUUCUUUUUUUUCUUCCAGGUUGGCAGGAAAACAACAAGCUACCAAAUUGAGGAUCUACCCGGCAAAAGCAACUUUACACUCCACCUAGCUGCUCGUACCUGUCACGGCGAGGGCGUUCGAUCGAAGCCCCUGCACAUCAUUGCCAGCUACUACCUUCAGCUCAUGGGUAAAAAUGCCUCCGAGUUCAUGACUCUGCCCAGUCCCAGUAGUCGAAACCAGCCCGGUUUUGGAACCCGUUUCGCCACCACCUCGUCAACCCUUCCUGAGGAUCCAAACAUUGAUGUGGACGACGCAGACGUUUCCCAUUACAUGGACUCCAGUGACGGAGCUCUUGUUCCAAACGGGCACUGGGCCCAACAGGCUUGGUUCAUCGGUUGUCUAAUUGGCCUUCUAGCCAUCUGGACCGUUCUCUGUAUCAUCGUACUGGUCAUGUGCAAACGUCGCCGUCGAGUGAAGCAGCGUGGUGUCCUUGUCGGUGGACUGCAUGAGUCUGUAGAUGGGAAGCCAUCGAAUGACAGUGCCCCUGGUAAUCCUGAAUUUGCAGGCUUUAAGAACGCAAAAAGCUGUCAUGAUCAACAGUACGCUAGCAGUAAGGUUGGCCUCUUACAAUCCAGCGACUCCUUGCCACUGAAAAUGUCACAGACAAUGGACGGAAAAGCUGCAAAUCGGACGACGGCGGACUAUGUGUUGAGUCCGCCACUGCCGCAGGUUGGAGAUCAAGUGCCUUAUCCGGGCGUCAUAAGUGGACUUUCUGAACGAAGGCUUGACGGCGGAGGUAAAGAGAAUAGACGCGACUCACCCAACACCCUCCUGCACACGAUAUCUCGUCGACAGCGAAGCAGCGGAGGUUCUGAGCCAACUGAAAACCCUGCCACCUUCUCGAACAUUAAUGACAUGGCAGAAGAGGCUGGAUACGAAGCACCUGCUCUGUCAACUUCGGCUGAUGGUAAGCGCACAACUAUAAACCCUAGUUAG